AUGAAGAGCGAGUAUCUCGUGAGGGAAAACCGCAAAUACUACCUCGAUCUGAAGGAGAACCAGCGCGGGAGAUUCCUGCGGAUCCGGCAGACCGUUAACCGCGGCGGAUUCGGUGUUCCCGGCGGCGGCGGUGGAGGAAUUCAAUCCGGGCAAACUAUCGCUCUUCCCGCUCAAGGUCUCAUCGAGUUCCGCGACGCGCUGGCGAAGCUGGUCGACGACUACGGCGGCGACGACGAGGAGCUAGCCUGCUCCGGCGGAGGAGGAGGAGGAGGUUACACGGAGUUACCCGAGGGCACGUCGAUAACGGUGGACUCCAAGCGGUUCUUCUUUGACGUGGGCUCCAACAAGUACGGCGUGUUUCUGCGUGUGAGCGAGGUGAAGCCCAGCUACAGAAACUCUAUCACGAUCCCCUUCAAAGCGUGGAGCAAAUUCGGCGGAGCGUUCUGCCGCUACGCCGAGGAGAUGAAGGAGAUCCAGGAGCGGCACAAAGAUAAAGCGUUCGAGCGGAGAACCGGAGAGGAGUCUGAGGGCGAAGAUUUGGACGACGACUGACCGCCGGAGGUGUCGCGUCGCUGGGCAACCGCGCAGAGCGAGAGCCGCGCUCUGGAGAGGGCUGCAUGGAACGGUCGAUGGCGAAAAAAAAUAUGUUUGACUGAGAAACACUGUCGUGUAUAUGUAAGAGAAUCCUGUUUAAAGCAGUUUAGACUAUGUUUGGCUAGGUAAAUGGAUUUUUCUGCUGGCUGCUCUCUGUAGGUCUUGUCAUUUUGAAAGUUUGCCCCUUUAUAAAGAAAGAAAACAAACAAACACCCUUUUUCACACAGAGUCUGAGUUCACAAGCAGGGAUGUUAUAGUGUUAGUGUGUCAAGAAGAACUGAUGAUUAUCUCUACUAUAGGUGUUUUUGGUGUUGUACCAUACGAUGGAGAGCAAACCAGCAUCAUCUGAAUGAUGUGUGAAUCUCAUAGUUAGCUCAUUCAGGACGUGUUCUCUACUAAUUUGUGUGUGUGUAUAUAUACAUAUAUAUAAAAGACUCGGAUCAAACAGUGUAAAAAUUGGAGGUUGUUAUAGAGUUCAACUUGUGGACACACAAUACAGUUCAAGCAACAAUGUACAAACAGUUCAAAUGGUGCUAUAAAACCGUGCUCCGCCGGCGCGCUGUGAAGAUUGAGGUUCACGCGGGCUGGUGAGUUUUAUUUUGUUUUCCUACUGCAUCUUGAGAGCAAAUUACUCUUGAUUGUAUGUACUAAAUUGGGAAGUGCAUUGGUGCUGAUGCCGCUAAAUUUACCAUUGAUACUGGGUUUGAUUUGGCUCUUUUAAAGGGAAUGAUACUGGUUUGCCUGACAUCAAGCCGGGACAAAUUAGUAGUUUUCGAAUUUAAUACAUGGAGAGCUUUGGUGACAUAACUGGAAAGGAAAUCAAAUGCAGAACAACACCCAACUGGGUUUAAAUAGAUUUAUUUUUAAAAACAAUAUACAGAAAAAAAAAUUAUAUAUAUAUAUAUAUACAGAAAUAUAUUUAUAUAUAGACAUAUAGAAUCAAUUAUAAACGCUUCCUGAACAGGCUAUUUAAACAAAUAAAACUCGGAUGCAAUUAUACAUAGGGAAAUAUUUCUUACUCGUUUUCCAUACAUUUCCUAUAGUCUUUAUGGUUGAAAGAGCAUAGAAAAAGAAUGACAAAAUUGUGAAAUAUACAAACUAGACUAGUUCUCAGUUUAGUUUGUAUUCCUUUUUUCAACAACCCAAAUGACAAUAUAACACUAUUCUUUUUUUUUUUUCUCAAGUCUCUUCCUCUGUAUAUUAAGUUGUCACAUUUCUGAGUCUUACUGCAGCCUGUUUUCUCCUCUUCUCCCAGAUCUGUCCAAAUGUGUGUGCCUGUUAGCAACUUCCCUCUGUUAUCCUUCUCUUACUGAUAUUGAGUGGGUGUUUAUGCAUUUAUAAUUUGAUCAGAGAAAAAGGAGUGAACUCCCUUUCGUUUUAAUUUUCAGGCCUUCUGUAACCACAAGAAUUAGCCAUACACACCACCUUGGAGCCAUAGUGAUUUUUUACUAAUUUCACUAUUCAUAUAAGUUUUGACCUCAUUCUUGUCUGUACUGUGUUAUGUGAUAAAGGCAGCUCUUCAGUCAAGUGUGUACUGCUGUAAUUCUCCACAGACUUCCUUUGAACAAUAAAUAGAAUUACUUUGCUGAGAA